ACAUCCAAUCAGGUGUGAGUCUGGACCUGGUUUUCUACUGAACACACAAGUUCAUUCCCUCACUAUCACUUCGUCUGAACAGGAACGAUGACCACACUCUUUGUCGCUCUUUGUGUUCUUUUUUCUCUCUUCACAGCUGUAAAUUCUUCUGACAUCAAGGAGCUUCAUGUGAGAACAGUAAAGAGUGGAGAAGAUGUAACUAUGGAGUGUAACAUUAGCAGUGUCACAGGGAAAGAUAAAGUAGUUUGGUUCAGACAGAGUUCAGGAAAAUUGCCUCAGAUUUUUGCAAAACCAUACCAGAACAAUUUGGGCUACAAACUUGCUGAUGGAUUUAAUGAUAGUCGCUUCAGUAUUAGUGUAAAUGACCAAAAAUUUGAUCUCAAUAUUAAAAAUAUAAGAGAAGAUGAUGUAGGAGAAUAUUUCUGUGGAGAAUCAGAAGGAAGUAUACUGAAGUUCACAUCUGGAACACAUCUGCAAUUUGAAGAUAAAGAGACGACACACCGUCCUACAUCUGGAUCUACUACUGAAAAUUCAACAAGCAGCGAUGAUGAAGUUUCAGGUGAAGACCAUUGGAUUAUUCCUUUAGCCGUCUCCAAUAUAAUCUCUGUUAUUGUAAUCACAGUUCUGGUUGGAGUUUUAUAUAAAAAUCACAGAAAAGAUUCUUCAUCAAGCAACCAUCAAAUUCCCACCAAUCAGGCUGCUGCUGAUGAUGUCUUGAACUAUGCAGCUGUGAGUUUUGCUAAGAAACCUUCAUCCUCCAGAACAUUCAGAGAAAAGAGCCAUGAAGACGUUUAUGCACAAGUUAAAAUAAAAUAGAGAAUUUAAAUCAUCAGACACUGGAGAUUUACUGCUGUAAGGCACAUUUUAUUAGGUCAUGCCUGAUAAGGGGAAAGGGGGAGAGGAAGAUUACUGUUUUUCCCAAAAAUUCAAUAUUGUUA